AUGGGUCUCAAGGGAAGCUGCAUGUGCAAGGCGAUCAGAUACGAGAGUGAGGACCCCCAAUCGACGGCAUUGUGCCACUGCACAGACUGCCAGAAGUGGAGCGGCUCUGCCUUCACCUCUAACGCCGUCGUUCCUCGCGCCUCCUUCAAGGUCACUCAGGGCGAGCCCAAGUUCUACGACAUCAGUGGGGACUCGGGCAAGAACAACAGGCACUUCUUCUGCGGCAACUGCGGCUCUAGCCUGUACACCGAGCUGGACUUGUUGCCGGACGUCACCUGCGUCAAGGCGGGCGGGUUGGACGAGGGGAAGGCGAGCCUGGACGGCAAGCCGUCCGUCGAGUUCUACUGCAAGGACCGCGUGUCAUACCUGACGGACGUCAAGGGCGCGGACCAGAAGCCCGCGUUUGGGUGA